AUGGGCAGGUCAGUGCCAGGUCUUGCGCGGCUUGACUCCACGGCAGUGGCAGCAUCCCCAAUGCGAGGUUUCGAGGAUAUUACAUGUCUACGCAAGACCAACCCAUCGGCCUGUCGCACAGAUGGCCAAGGCAUCAUUGAUGGGGCCCAAUCGACACAUGCCUUUUCCGCCGGACAACCUCAUCUCUGGACACACAUUGAUGAUGGUCGGUCGGGAGACAGGAGCGCAGCAAGUCCUGGCAAGGAAGCGGUGGUGGUGGGAUUGGGUGGGCGAAGGGGGACUGGUGACGCCACGCACACGCCGGCCUCGCCCCAAAAUGGAGCAAGUCUUACCUCGAUCAAGGCUGGGUUCGUCGUUGGCGUCUCGCUGGCCCAGACGGUGGAGGAGGAAGCGCGGUGUGACGGGCGUGUUCUGCGCCGCAGCGAGACGCAGGGAGGCGAGGAAGAGGGCAAGGAUGGUAUUGACUACCGUACCUGCCUACCUACUGUACCAGACGGCACUGCUCUUGCGCAGACUUUGAAAAGGUAG